AUUCUCAUGAACGCAACUUUUCUCCACCCAAGAGCGUCGCAUCCCCCACGGACACCAGCUUGUCCCAAUGGGAACUGCCCGAAAUCCCCAAUUCGUCUCUAGGCCUCAGCGAGCACACGGUCACCAGCCUAUCUUCUUGGAGCGAGGAUGACACGAUGUAUGCUGCGGCUGCGGCGGAGCCAGAGGCACCGCCCCCUCCUCCCAAGCCUGUUUAUCUGCCAGAACUGGACAGCGACCAGCUGAUGGCACUCUGGGGUUCUGUCGGCACCCGCGUGCUCCAAGCUGCCUUGCAGCUGGCUGAGCAAAGCAAACGCGCAGUGAUCGGUGACGGAUCAGGAGACGGCUUUGUCCACGCCACGUUGGACAUGGUCCCUUCCGCGCGCAAACCGGUUUCCCCGCACGUCUAUGGUUACCUGAUAUUCUCUAUGUCGGGUCCUUCCCUCCAACGCCGCACGAGCGAUAUUAUGGAAGGCGACGUGGCCGUGAUCGCUGAUGCCGAGUUCAGGGGCCGCAAGGGCCUUGUGCCAUAUCAUCAGCAUGUGGGAAGUCUUGCAGACCCACUGGUGGGAGUUGUACAUGAGUUUGAGCCGAAGAACGGGAAGAUGAGGUUGUUGACUGCGAGCGUGCACCCUAAUCAUUAUCCGACAAUAGAGUCCCAGAGUUUCCGCCUUGACGACCUUAAACAAGGAUUCUUUAAGGUAUAUCGGGUUGCCCAAGCGUGAUCGUUUCUUCCAAACCGGUCUUGUGUAUUUUGCCUCAGUGUCUCAAUGUGCCCCCGCACGCGAUCUCUCGUUAUUCCCUCUCACGAUAUCGACGCGUCGUUCCCUAUCCUAUCCUUAUGACAGCUCGGACGGAGCUUGGUUACCUUGUCUUUGCUCACAUCGCAGAUUGCUUCCUUCAUCCGCAUUCCCCUCCUUUUACCCUCGCAUCGUUUCCUUUGAUUAACCCGUCAUGUGUAUACGAC